GGAGGACCGGCGAGGCCGCGGCCGCCGAGCUCAUUGUUGUGGGAGCUCCUUAAAGGGGCCGCAUCCGACGCCGCCAGCGGAGAGGGAGGAACGGCCGACUGAGCGGGCCAGGCCCGGGCCGCCGCCGCCGCCUCCGCCGCUGGGUUUCCGGGCAAGGCGCGCAGGAGAGGCCGGGGAUCGGCCGGGCCUAUGGAGCCCCCGCCCGCCAAGCGCAGGUGCGGCGGCUCCGGGGAGCAGCCCGAGCCGGGGCCGGGGCCGGGCGCCGCCGCCUCCGCCGCCACCUCGGCCCCCAGCGCCGUCGAGACGCUUCUGGACCUGAGCGCCCGGCGGGUGGCGGAGACGUGGGCCUUCGAGCAGGUAGAAGAGCGUUUCUCCCGCGUCCCGGAACCUGUGCAGAAGCGCAUUGUUUUUUGGUCCUUCCCACGGAGUGAGCGAGAAAUAUGCAUGUAUUCAUCCCUUGGCUAUCAUCCUCCGGAGGGUGAGCGAGACUCACGUGUGCCCUUUAACCGUGGCCUAAAUUUGUUACAGUCGGGUGCUGUUGACCGUGUCCUGCAAGUAGGUUUCCACCUGAGCGGGAUUGUGACAGAGCCUCCAGGCCCCAGUGAGCCUGAGCACAGUUACCAUGUCUCCAUCAGUUUUGACCGCUGUAAGAUCACGUCAGUGAGCUGUGCCUGCGACAACCGGGACAUCUUCUACUGUGCCCACGUGGUGGCCUUGUCCCUGCACCGCAUCCGGCAGGCCCGCCAGGUGGAGCUGCGCCUGCCCAUCUCGGAAACGCUGUCCCAAAUGAACCGGGACCAGCUGCAGAAAUUUGUGCAGUACCUGAUCAGUGCGCACCACACGGAGGUGCUGCCGACCGCUCAGAGACUUGCUGAUGAGAUUCUGCUGCUUGGCUCCGAGAUCAACCGAGUGCAUGGUGCCCCUGACCCCACAGCCGGUGCUGGCAUUGAGGAUGCAAACUGCUGGCACCUGGAUGAGGAGCAGAUCCAAGAGCAGGUGAAGCAGCUACUCUCCAAUGGCGGCUACUACGGGGCAAGCAAGCAGCUCCAGUCCAUGUUCAACAAGGUGCGGGAAAUGCUGCGAAUGCGAGACUCCAAUGGGGCACGAAUGCUCAUCCUGAUGACCGAGCAGUUCCUGCAGGAUCCACGCCUGGCCCUUUGGCGGCAGCAAGGCGCUGGCAUGACUGACAAGUGCCGGCAACUCUGGGAUGAACUAGGCGCCUUGUGGGUUUGUGUGGUCCUGAGCCCUCACUGCAAGCUGGAGGAGCGGACUCUAUGGCUGCAGCUUCUGAAGAAGUGGAACAAGCUGGACAUCUGUCCCCUGGAGGAGGGAAACUACUCUUGCGACAGCAGCGGAGCCAACAGCACUUUGCCGCCGAACCCAAACCGCAGUGCAGCUGGUGUUCGGCAGACCGUCUUUGGCCGUGCUAUCAAGGCUGCAGAGCUUCGCUGGGGCGAUUGUCACCUACAGAAGAUCCUGAGCAGCGACUGCUAUGGUGUCUCCUUGAAGAGUGGAAGCGACAAGCUGGGCUUUGACCCCCAGGGCCACCCGCUCUGGCUGGGCGAUGCCUUCCCCAUGGCCUGCGCACGAGUGGACGCCUUGCGCUCUCACGGUUACCCCCGAGAGGCCCUGCGCCUGGCUGUGGCUGUGGUCAACGCCAUGCGCUUGCAGCGACGCCAUCAGCUGGAGAGCUACAAGCAACAGAAGAAAGAGCUCUUGCACAAAGGCACAACCAGCAUCACCAACUUGGAGGGAUGGGUAGGGCACCCCCUGGACCCCAUUGGUUGCCUCUGCCGCACCUUCCUGGAGGCCUGCCGGAUGGAUGAUGAGGUGCUGGCCCUCUACCCAGAUUCUGCAUCGGAGCCCAAGAAGGCACUCUACCAGCACAUUCCAGUGCCCUCAAGUCCUGGUGAGUCAUACUUCAUGCUGGCCCUGGAGGUGGCGCUCCUGGGGCUCGGGCAGCAGAGGUCCAUGCCGGAGGGGCUCUACGCCCAGGACAAAGUGGUGCGGAGUGAGGAGCAGCUGAUUGGACUCCUGGACGAGAUGGAGCUGGAUGAGCGGCUGGUUCCUGUGCUCCGCAAGCAGGUGGCCCUGCUCCUGGAUGGGGGACCCUUCAGUGGAUUUGGGGAGGUCGUCUUCCGUGAAACUGUUCCCAUGCACACCUUUGCUCGCUACCUCUUCACGGCCAUGCUGCCAUAUGACCCUGAGCUGGCCUACCGCUUGGCCCUGCGAGCCAUGAGGCUGCCCGUGUUGGAGACAGUGCUGCCAGCCAGCGACAUCCUGCACCAGAACCCCCUGGACUCCAUGAUGGCCAAUCGCUUUCCCCGCUGGUUCACCCUCGGCCACUUAGAGACGCGGCAGUGUGAGCUGGCAUCAGCCAUGCUUACAGCAGCUAAAGGUGACCCCAACUGGCUGCGCAUGGUUCUGGGCUCCAUCCAGCAAAAUAUCCACUCUCCAGCCUUGCUCUUCAAGCUGGCCCAAGAUGCCUGCAAGACGGCCACGCCAGCUAACACGCCCCCAGACACCACCUUGCUUAACAUCUCCCUGGAGCUCGGCCUGCAGGUGAUGCGAAUGACGCUCAACACCAUGACCUGGCGACGGAGGGAAAUGGUCCGCUGGCUGGUCAGCUGCGCCACUGAGAUUGGUGUCCAGGCCUUGAUGAACAUCAUGCAGAACUGGUACACGCUCUUCACGCCUAUUGAGGCGACGACCAUCGUGGCCGUGACGGGCACCACGCACGCGACGCUGCUGAGGCUGAGCCUGAGCACGGUGCAGCGGGAAGAGCUGUGCAGCUGCGCACGGACGCUGGCGCUGCAGUGCGCCAUGAAGGACCCGCAGAACUGUGCGCUGCCGGCUCUGACGCUUUGCGAGAAGAACCACGCGGCCUUCGAGGCGGCCUACCAGAUCGUCCUGGAUUCGGCAGCCUCGGCCGGCAUGGGCCACUCCCACCUCUUCACCGUGGCCCGGUACAUGGAGCACCGCGGGCUGCCCUUGCGCGCCUACAAGCUGGCCACCCUGGCCUUCUCGCACCUCAGCAUCGCCUUCAACCAGGACACUCACCCCGCCCUCAACGACGUCCUCUGGGCCUGCUCCCUCAGCCAGUCGCUGGGCAAGAACGAGCUGGCUGCCAUUGUCCCGCUGGUCAUCAAGAGCGUCCAGUGCGCCCCCAUGCUCUCUGACAUCUUGCACCGCUGGAGCCUUCCGCCCCCGGGCCUUGCCUCACUGGGUGGGGGGCGCCGCGGGGCGGGGGGCGCCGGUGCCGGAGGGAAGCUCUUUGCGAUGGACAAAGCCCCUCUUUGCCAGCUCCUGGAGGCCGCCAUGGCUGCCUACAUCAGCACCACUCACUCGCGCCUCACCCACAUCAGCCCCCGGCACUAUGGCGAGUUCAUUGAGUUCCUGGGGAAAGCCCGCGAGACGUUCCUGAUGGCGCACGAAGGGCACAUGCGCUUUAGCCAGUUCCUUGACAACCUCAAACAGACCUACAAGGGCAAAAAGAAACUGAUGUUGCUCGUGCGGGAGCGCUUUGGCUAGGGGCUGCUCUGGGGCGCGCAUGCUUUGGCUGGGGGGAGGGUGUUCAGAGGGGCACCUCUCUCCCCUUGAUCAGAAGGACUUUAGCUUGGAGGGUGGGGUGGUAAGAUCUGUUUCCCUUGGGGCACUAGUGCUUUGGGGGCGGGGUGAUGAAGCGGAGCCUGGACUUCUGCCUGGGUUCAGAAAUCCCUUUACUUGGAGGCGGGGGAGCAGCGAGGUCUCUCUUCCCUUCGGCGGAGGUGCUCCGGGGCUGUAGCAGAUGGGCCUGCACUUCGGCUGGGGGUCCCAUGUGGAGGCCUUGGGGUGGGGAGGUUUUUUUUCCCCUGCAACACCUGGGCUGAGCAUAGCCUCUGUUUGAAGCCUGAAGCCUCAGCUGCUCCCUCAGCUGCCUCAGUGGGGCAGGAAGGAGCUGGGCUUGUUCUUUAGCUCCAGGAGUUGCCGGUUUUUCAGUAUUAACUUGCAGGAAUGCAAACAGGAACCCCCCCACUUUGGUUGAAGGGUCCAAGCCCUGGCAGGGUCUUGCAAGUGGUGGGGGGGGGUCCAGUCCCAUGGAAUUUCACAGCUGCUGUUCUGAUGUCAUAUUUCAAGCCUAGCGAGUCGGUUUGGGCUUUGUUUAUGCAAGCUCAGGUGGGAUGCAUGAAUGCCGAUCAUCUUCCCUGCUGAGACCCACACGGGCUCUCUCGGUCCUGUCUCCCCCCCCCCCGAACCCUUUAGGUCUGAAGCCCCAAACCUGUGUGUUGAAGUCUGGAGACUCAAAAGAGGGGCUUGAGUGUCCUUAACAGGGCUGGGGUAGGCGACCCGUCAACUUCUGAUACCUCCUUGCACUGAUAACAUUUAAGUUGCUCUCCCUUUGUGUCGAAAGCAGAGCCCUUAGUGCCAGAAGGGGGGGGGGGGCCUCGCUGCUGGAGCCGCCUAAGUCUUUCCGGCGCAAAUGUUCUCCAAGAAGUCGAGCGACGAGGGGAAUAACUUCCUGCUGGAUGAGCCGGUAGAAGAGUUGCUUUUGGUCUGCUGGUGGUAGGUGGGGCAAAUUCUGGGGUUCACCUGGCCCGAUCUAAUGAAGCAAGUAGUUGCCCACAUCCACUGAGGCCAGGAACCCUGCUGCGUCCCUUUUGUGGAAUUUCACCUUUGCAAGAGACCAGGAAGGCAUCUGUCUUGGUCCCCAAAAUGGGGUGUCUCGCACAUGUUACAUUCCCCCCACCCUGCUGCCACAGAACGCAACCUGUCACUCCAAGCAAACUGGUUUCUCCAGUCCCUUCCCCAUUCUUCUAAUUCCAUUUGUGCAUUGGGGGGGGCAUCCUUAUCCCCCCUGCUCUUUCCUUCCCAAGCAUGACUCCCUAACUUCCCCCCACCCCUACCAAAUUUGUCAGUAUUUCAGCUUUCCCUUCGGCUUUUAGCUUGUUGGUUGCAGGUUGGCGCCAGGCCCUACUUGCGGGGGUUGGGGCACUUUAGCCAUUUUUUUGGGGGGGCCCAGUGUCCUCUUCUGUCCCUCUCCCUCUAGAACUACCUUUGUUUCCAGUUAAUGCCCCUCAGACUCCUACAACUGAAGGAUCCCCGUUCUCUGGCUCCUCCAGUCUAGAAUUCUGGAGCUGCUGGUGGGUAGACAGUUCAUACCUCAAACCUCCUCCCCUGUUUCAGGAUGAUGCUGUGAAGUGCCAGGCAUACCAGAAAUGUUUUGCCCUUCCAGGUGGCUGUGCCACAGUGAUCCAAUAGACAAUCCCCCCCAAAUGCCUUUGGAUGCUUUUCGGGAAGAUCUUGGGGCUCACCCCUUGCGCCACCCCUGACUUGGUUGGUUGGCGCCUGUUAGAUCUUGCCGCCUGGGUGUCUUGCGCAGCCGGUCUGGUGUUUCCCGUGGAGGAAGGCGGGGGGAGGUCUCUAAGUGGCCCUAGUGGGGUGCUAAAUGGUAUUUCCAGAGACAUCCCGCUCAAAAUCCCACUUCUUUUUUCUGCUGGAUAAAAUCUACUCAGGAACAAACCACAACAAGCUCAUGCUACUAAUUAGAUUAUUGUGAUGACAAGAUAAUGUUUUAAAAAGUUAAUAUAUAUGAAGAGGCCAGGGGUCCCGAAGGGGCUCCUUUUCGUGCGCAUGGGGCCAAGGGGGCUGCGUCCUGCACUCAGCCCCUCUUGACCCUUAGUGUUGGUGGAGAUGUUGGUGUGUUGCACAGCUCCACUUUGGAGCCAGCUAGUCAGUUAGUUUUAAAGUUUCUGGGUUUAUUUCUUUGUUUCCCUGUAUUAAAAAAAAUCCUGUAAUUUUGUAAUUUUUUUUUCUAUUUAUUGAAUCAUUUAUUGUAUUAUUUUGUAAAAGGUUUAACAUAAACCGCAACAUUUGUUUUUUUGGCUUCUCUUUUGGA